AUGAUCACGUCCGGCGAUGCGCAGCGCUUGUUCCUGCAGGCCGUCCUUUCGAGAGGAAUAAUGUCUGAACCUCUAGCACGCACCCUGUACUCCAAAUGCGUAGAGACAGUCAAGUCUGCAGAUGAGCAUGUAAACGUGUCGUACAAGAACACUCGGGAGGAGUGGGAGGACGUUAUCAGGAAUGUCAACAAUGCCCUGAACGCCCUCGACCUCCAAUUCGUCCGCCAAGUCGAGCAGGAGAAGGGCAUCCCUAUGUGGGCUUUGAUCAACUUGAAGGGCGACGAGGUAGCACAGGUAGCGACCGAUUACAGCCCCGUCGAGAUUGCAUAUUUCAAAGCCCUCGUCGAGCAAAUCGUCAUGGCCCCUCGGAACUCUUUCUCGAUAUCUUCUUUCCUCGCGCUCCGCGAGAUCAAUGAGCUCAAGCCCAAGGCCAACAUGACCAAGAGCCAGGGCGAAGAGACUCUGUCCAGCUUCGUCAACCGUGGCUGGCUGGUGAAGAGCAGGAGAGGGCGCUACUCGCUAUCAACGCGCACGCUUCUGGAACUGAAAGGCUAUAUCAAGUCGGAAUACCCUGACCAGAUUCCCACUUGCAUGCUCUGCGACGACUUCACCACCGUCGGCGUCACCUGCAAAUGCGGGCGCGCAAUCCACAAACACUGCUUCACCCAAUGGCGCAACCGUCGGUCGCAGUGCAAGGAAUGCCGGACCGAAUGGGCAGACAAACUCGACGACGAGAUGUUCACGCCCAUCGGGGAGGAUGCAGUGGGCGAGAACGACGCGGGGCGCCGGUACGCGAGGCACGAAGACAGCGACGAGGACGGUGAGGGCGAGGAGGACGAGCCGAGCCAGUCGCAGGCUAGUCAGCGACCGGCGAAGAAGACAAAGAAGACGAAGGGCAAAAGCCGCGCGAAGAAGGGGAAGGGCAGGGGUGACGAUAUGAUCCUGGACGACGACGAAGAGGUGGAGGCGGAGAUUGAGGAGGAUGAGGAGGAAGAGGAGGCCGACUAUGAAGAGAAGGACAACGACCGAGCGUCCAGUCCGCCCGUAAAGAAAGAGCCUCGACGCAGGAGCACUCGCGGUGGGUAG